UAAUGAAGGCUACAGCAGGGGGCAGAGAUUUCUCUUAAAAAGCCUCAUAGUUAUGGAACAGCCUUCCGUCUCCUUGUAUAAAUCUAGGCUAAUAUAUUCAUUUAUUCAAUCCUUUUGAUAAUAGCUUUUUCUUAGGUAAAGGAGCAGAUCUGGAGGGUUCACGGGCAUAGAGUGUUGUGGAAAACUGGGAUGCUUGGAUGCUGUCCCCAACCAAACUCACACGUUCACUCAGAUCUGCCUGAUCCAUGCAGAUGCCCUACAUCAGGUUGGAGUUCUUGUCAGGUGGCAGAGAUGGUGACAGUUGCAGAGAGUGAUUUCGUUUAAACUAACUGACAAUAGGAAAUGAAUCCAAAUCACUAGGCAAAUGUCAAAAACAGAGAACAGGCAGUGAGUCAGGCGAGAUGCAAACAGAGUAUCUAAAAUCCAGAAACAAGAACCCCCCCCAUCCCCCUUCCCCCUGAGGAGCUCACUCUGGGACCAGAGUUCUUUGGCAAUGAGGCAAUGAGAUACUGCAGCUUGCCCUCCCAGCAGUGGAAAUCAAGGAUAGCUCUGACUAGUUACACUGGUUGUCCUUCGAUUUCCAGGGGUUCAGGUGGCGUUGCCGAGGGAUUCCCUCCACAGGGUAACUUGGAUGGAUAAUUUGAGGUGGGAUACAUGAAAGGAUGGAGCGAGGUGGGAUUGACGUGGUGAUUCAAUUCCUGGGGAAUAGUGGUGGUUGGUAACCGAGGACACACUGGAAAGGGGUGAGCUGAGUGUACGUACGUCUGAGCAAGUUUUAGCCAUACUCUGCCCAGGGAAGUAACUGAGCCCAAUCCUCCUGGUUUUCGGCACAGAAAGAGUGCAAGAACCAGCUAAUCUCUUGAUUGGCUUUUUCGACUUGUCCAUUGGUCAUGAAGUCCAGGGCUAGAACAAGGGCUUUGCGGGGCACAUUGGAUUGAGCGCACACUGUACAGGAGGAUAUGAUAUAGUGGAUGUCCGCAAGCACAAGAUUCUCCCACAAACUGGGCACAACGUAGGUUUUCUGGUGGGACAUGACUCUGGUGCUGGUUGGCAAUUGGCCUUGGCAGUUCCACUACAUGCUGGAUAAUGUAACUCCAUUUACAACUAAACUCUUAGUAGUUCAGCAGAUAAACUAGGAAUCACAUACAAGAAAUGUCUCAAUCAGUGUUUAGGCCUCAUCACAGCACUGAGACAGCUCUGUUCUACACCCAUUGCUUUUUUCCCUAUACAUGCUACCUCUGGCUAAAAUGAUCCAUUGCAGUUUUUCUCAUUUGGAUACACACUGUAACUGACUGAAUACAACAAAUAAUUGAUUCCUUAUACUAAAAUCCCAUAGUCACCCAAUAUUCCUUCACAAUGAUAAACACAUUCUCAUUGAUUCCACAUAGUUUGCAGUUCCGCUGCAUUCAUUUUUGCAAAAUUCUACACACACACUUCUCAACACACUAUGUACCUCUCAUUGGGAACACAGCUGUCUCAUUUUCCUAACCACUGGAGUCACCAAUCAGAACUCAGCAUGCUAAUGAAUGAAACCACAUCUCACCUGUGAAAACUCAAUUCACAAUAAGUAUCCACUCAGUUUUCCUAAUUUCCUGGGGCAUGUAAACUCUGUCCCUGUCACACUGGUUCAGGAAAAAACAAACAAAAAAAUGAAACAAGAAAGAUUGCAGAGAGGAAGAGGUAGAGGAAGACAAAGAAAUAUGUCCAGUGACAUCCAGACAUCCAGAGAAUCCACAGCCACUUUAAGGCCAGCGGUGACACGCGGCGCAUGUGGCAGGGCAUCCAGGCCAUCACCAACUACAGGUCAUCACCAUCUGCCUGUGACAGUGAUGCCUCCCUCCCAGAUGCGCUGAACGACUUCUACACUCAGUUUGAGGCACAGAAUGGUGUGAUGGCGAGGAAGACCACCCCUCCUCCCAAUGACAAGGUGCUGUAUCUAACCACGGCCGAUGUGAGGAAGACUCUACACAGAGUCAAUCUGCAGAAGGCUGCUGAACCAGACGACAUUCCUGGCAGGGUGCUCAGAGGAUGUGCAGUCCAGCUGGCAGAUGUUUUCACGGACAUCUUGAACACCUCCGUGAGCAGUAGCAUUGUUCUGACUUGCUUCAAGGCCACCACCAUCGUCCCCAUGCCAAAAGAAGUCUCCAGUGUCUUGCCUCAACGACUACCGUCCCGUUGCACUUACACCCAUCAUCAUGAAGUGCUUCGAGAGGCUCGUCAUGAGGCACAUUAAGACCCUGCUGCCCCCCUCACUGGACCCCCUGCAAUUCGCUUACCGCCCCAACCGCUCAACAGAUGACGCCAUCACCACCACCCUCCAUCUGGCCCUCACCCACCUGGACAAUAAAUUCAAUUCAAUUCAAUUUUAUUUGUAUAGCGCAUUUUAACAAUGACCAUUGUCUCAAAGCAGCUUUAGAGAACAUAAGAAACAAAAAGCAUGCAAACAGAAGCAAAAACAUGCAAACAGUCCUAGAUGUUAGACAAAAUUAUCCCUAGUGAGCAAACCUGAGGCGACUGAGGCGACUGUGGCAAGGAAAAACUCCCUUAGAUGAUAUGAGGAAGAAAUCUUGAGAGGAACCAGACUCAAAAGGGAACCCAUCCUUAUUUGGGUGACACUGGAGAGUGUGACAUGAACAAUGUCCUUUCUGUAUUUAUUUAUGAUCAUGUAGAAUUUUUAAUAAAGACACUUAUGUUAGAAUGCUGUUCAUAGACUUCAGUUCAGCAUUCAACACAAUCAUUCCUCAGCACCUGACUGGAGACCUCAGUCAGACCUGAUCGGGAACAGCAUCUCCAACACCACCACACUGAGCACUGGGGCCCCACAGGGCUCUGUGUGCUCAGAACACUGCUGUUCACUCUGCUGACUCAUGACUGUGUAGCAAUGCACAGCUCGAAUCACAUCAUCAAGUUCGCCGAUGACACGACCGUAGUGAGUCUCAUCAGCAAGAACGAUGAGUCAGCAUACAGAGAGGAGGUGCAGCGGCUAACAGACUGGUGCAAAGCCAACAACCUGUCUCUGAAUGUGGGCAAAACUAAAGAGAUGGUUGUUGACUUCAGAAGAGCACAGAGUGACCACUCUCCGCUUAACGUCGGCAGCUCCUCUGUGGAGAUCAUCAAGAGCACCAAGUUUCUUGGUGUUCACCUGGCAGAGAACCUCACCUGGUCGGUCAACACCAGCUCCAUAACAAAGAAAGCCCAGCAGCGCCUGUACUUUCUGAGAAGACUGAGGAAAGCACAUCUCCCACCCCCUAUCCUCACCAUGUUCUACAGAGGGACUAUCGAGAGCAUCCUGUGCAUGACUGCCUGGUUUGGGAAUUGCACCGUCUCGGACCGCAAGACCCUGCAGCGGAUAGUGAGGACAGCUGAGAAGAUCAUCAGGGUCUCUCUUCCCUCCAUCAUGGACAUUUACACCACACGCUGCAUCCGCAAAGCCACCAGCAUUGUGGACGACCCCACACACCCCUCUCACACACUCUUUACCCUCCUGCCGUCUGGUAAACGGUACCGAAGCAUUCGGGCCCUCACGACCAGACUGUGCAAUAGUUUCUUCUCCUCAAUACUCAGAAACUGGACUGAAGGAACACACACACACAUACAUAUAUACACACACAACUGAGCAUCCUCCAUCCUCUCUGCAAUUUUUUUGCAAGUUUUUGCA